UUUGACAGCUUCGCAAAUUCUAAAGAAAAUUUUGAUGCAAGAUAAUUGAGCUUUUCUUUUCCGUGUUGAUAUUUUUGUUGAAAUCCAUUAAGCAUUGGGGUUUUCAUUAUCCACAGUGUAUAUUUCACUGUGAUGUGCACUGAAAUGUUGUUCACUAUAAAUAGAUCGAGGUGCAUAGUUCGUGAUUUUGACUGACUUUGAUGGUGGAUCAGACAUAUUGAGGAAUAUUCAUCAAUCAUGGGGAGAAGAGAAGACCCCGCCUGGGCAAUGGGCACGGUGGGCUUGACGGCGGCCAGGGAACGCGGAGACAUCCGUCGGAAGUUCCAAAAUAGCCUCACUGUGACUAGGAGCAUGAUUGAUAGACUGGGUCUAGAAAAAGAAUUACAUGGUCAUAUGGGCUGCGUCAAUUGUUUAGAGUGGAAUCGAAAUGGAUCCAUUUUAGCAUCUGCCUCCGAUGAUCUCCAUGUUAUACUCUGGGACCCGUACAAACAUAAACAGCUGUGCAACGUGUCUACAGGUCACACUGGAAAUAUAUUCUCUGUUAAGUUCAUCUCGGACGACUUAAUAGCGACAUGCGCGGCGGACGGUUCGGUGCGCGCCCGCGCCGUCACGGGCAGCGCCUCCAUGCUGGAGUGCUCGUGCCACUGCGGCCGAGUGAAGCGCCUGGCCGUGACGCCGGAGAAGCCCCACAUGGUGUGGUCGGCGGGCGAGGACGGACUCGUCUUACAGCACGACCUGCGCGCGCCGCACCACUGCAACACGGACUCUAAGAACGUGCUGGUGAACCUGCUCAACCACAUGGGGCGCUACGCGGAGGCCAAGUGCCUGGCGCUCAACCCGCGCCGCCCCUACCAGAUGGCGGUGGGCGCCAACGACUUCUACGUGCGCCUCUACGACAUCCGGAUGAUCAAGCUAGCUAGGCUACAAGAGGAACUGCAACUGACGACGCCAACGAGUCGACUCGCUUGGGAGCGUCAGAACGUGCGGUGCUCCCGCGCGGGCCACGGGGACCGCGACAACAACAUUCCGCGGGCGGCCGUGCAGUACUACGCGCCGGGUCAUUUAUCCAUGGAGCCCAAUGAGCACACGUUCCCGAAGAAAGCUACGACGUACGUGGCGUUCAGCCAAGAUGGGAACGAGCUAUUGGUCAACCUGGGCUCUGAGCAGGUAUACCUAUUUGACAUCAACAACGCCAGGCGACCAGUGUUAGUGGAAAGCUUCAUAAUACAACACAACCAUGGUUAUCGUGAGGGCGAAACCAAGCACACACCAAAGAAUGGUACCACCGCGAGCUGCAGUUCCGGCUCGAACGGUACCAUCGAACCACAGCAACAGUUGCCAAAAAAAGUGCUGCGGAUUAAGGAGAUGGCGAACAACCACGUCAACAAUGGCGAGUACUCCUCGGCCGUGGAGUUGUACAACUCGGCCAUCGCCCUGUGCCCGAACAGCGCCAUCUUGUACUCCAACAGGGCCGCGGCUCUGAUGAGGCGAUGCUGGGCGGGCGAUACAUACGCAGCCAUUAAGGACUGCUACAAAGCCAUCAAGCUGGACUCGGGGCACGUGAAGUCCCACUUCCGGCUGGCCAAGGGCCUGAUGGACAUAAAGAGGGCCCGCGAGGCGCACGAGUGCCUGCUGUACUUCAAGGACAAGUUCCCCAAGCACGCGGAGAGCCACGCCGUGUUCCUGCUGCAGAAGGACAUCAACGUGGCCCUCGAGACCAUGGAAACGCAGCCCGACGAAGUGGACGAGGACGGGCAGUCGGGCAGCGCGCUCGAGCGACAGUCGCGCAGCACCGCGCUGGACUACAGCUGUCGCUUCCUCGGCCACUGCAACACCACCACCGACAUCAAGGAAGCCAACUUCCUCGGGCCCGACGCUAACUUCGUGGCGGCUGGAUCGGACGACGGCAGUUUGUUCAUCUGGUGCCGGAAGUCGGGCAACAUCAUCCGGUGCCUGCGCGGGGACGAGUCCAUCGUCAACUGCGUGCAGCUCCACCCCACCAUGUUCCUGUUGGCCACCAGCGGCAUCGAGGCCGUCGUGCGCCUCUGGAGCCCUAGGCCCGAGGACGGGCAGUGCGAGGCGCGCGCGGUGGCGGAGCCGGGCGCGGCGGCGGCGGCCAACCAGCAGCGCAUGCGCAGCGACCCGUUCGAGGCCAUGCUGCUCAACAUCAGCUUCGCGGGCGGCGGCGACCGCGAGCUGCACUCGCCCGCCUGCCGCGCCACGUAAACUCAGCCUACAGAUCUCUUAGUACGGAUUUCAAGCAACCAUUAAUUAAACAAGUCAUUUGUAAAUAUAAUUAUUAUUCUAUAUAGCGAUAUUAUUAAAAUUAUUAUUUUUA